AUGGGUGCAACUCCAGUGCGACACCUGUGGUUCACUAUCUCGCAUACGUUACAAGAUGGAACAGUCACAGUGCCCGCCAACCUCGAAUGGCAAGUCCUCCCAAAAGAGCUUGGAACAUUACGAUACACACUCGUGGACACGGCCGAGGUUGCCGAGAACGGCGAGCCAGUCAUACAUGCCAUCUAUCACCAUGCUGGAAUCGCUUUUGGCCUGCCAAGCGACUACAUCGAGGGGGUAUUGUUGCUCUCGGACAAUCUCACGGGCGAAGCCGAGGCGUUGGCGGUGGCCACUCUUCUUGGACUGCUCCGACAGGUUCGGUCCAUUAACCAGCCUCCUCCGAGACCAAGUAAGAAAUCAUUUGUCAGCCGAGUCCUGGGUAAAAUCUGA